AUGGUUCGCGUCACCGAAGAGCUGGCGCUGUCGCCCGACCACGUCACGCUCUACCACGCCUCCGAUCCGCUGCAGGGCCACCUCCCCGUCCUUAUCUUCCACGGGCCCUCGACGACGGCCAACUACACCCUCAACAGCUCCCGCGUCCAGGUCCAUGUCCUCUCCCCGGCCGGUUUCCAGUGCUUCCCCCGCAUCACCAUCUCGCCCAACUCGCCCUUCUACUCCGUCGUCAACUACCUGCCCCGCGAGUUCCAGGGCGACGAGGUCUACCGCGCCCUGGCCUUUGGCCUCUUCAAGUACUUCACCGAGCUGCCUGACGAUGUCAAGACGUACCUGCGACGCCAGUACCCGACCCGCAGCCGUCGCCCGGGGAGUGCGCCGGCCUUGUUUGGGGAGCAGCAUGCCGCCGACAUCGUCAAGUCGAUGCUCCCCAGCGACCACACCGCCGAAGUCAUUGAUGUCCUCCAGGAGGCCCUGCAGACCCAACACAUCAGCAAUGUGGACCUCGACUUGGUGCUACCACCGGGUAGCAUUGUGCCACUCCAGCCCGCCGAUCUGGAGGAGGUUCCCGACGACGAGGACGAUAUCCUGGAUCCGACCCUACGGCAAUACGGAGGAUACACACCCCUCAUUAAGCUAUUUGGCGACCCGGUCUUUCUACCCACGAGCCGUCUGCGACGAGCGCCCUCGAAGCCGACAUCUCUGAACCGCAGCAAGUCCUUUUCCAGGGACCAAAAGGCUGAGCUGCGCAUGAAACUGGCGGAGCUUGUACACACCGAAGAGCGGUAUGUGGCGAAACUGAGAGAGUUGGUCCACCAUGUCGCAGCCGACUUCCGCGACAGCGCUCAGGCGAGACCGCCCGGCAGCCUCAGCCCAUCUGAGGAAGAACUCGAGAGACUGUUCCCCAAGUCAGCCGAUGGCAUUCUCACCAUGAACUCGGGUUUUAUGGAAGAGCUGCGGAAAAUCAUGGACGAGACGGAAGAGGAUGCCACCAAGGACAUGGAGAUGCCAACUGUGAGCUUACUGGGCUCGAAGCUGGGACGCGUAAAAGAUCCCAGCGGUGCGCUCGCCAUGGCAAGGCUGUUUCUGGAGUGGUUUCCCAAGUUUACCGAGUGCUACCAGGAUUAUAUCAAGGCGAGCCAGCAUUUCCCAGCUCUCCUCAACUCCUUCCUCGACCAGCAGUCAAGUUUCAAGCAGCGAGUCGCCCAGACCGGCGAACAGACUAUCCGCUCCAUCCUCAUCGAGCCCGUCCAGCGACUUCCCCGGUACAGCCUGCUCAUUGACCAGAUUGUGGGCUGCAUCCCCAUCACGCACCCCGCGCUACAACCCAUGCUUAAAGCGCGAGAUAUUAUUUCCAACAUUUGCUCCAUGGAUGACCCCUUACCAGACAAGCCGCACGUUGUCAGCCGACUUCGAAAUAUGGUCGAAUCCUGGCCCCAGGAUCUGGAACCGCAGGGACGUCUGAUAAUAUCAGCGGAUUUCACAGAGGUGGCUCCUCCAUUCCAGGCCUCGGUCAACCAGUCAGAUAAAUCCGGCAUUUUUCUGCUCUUCUCCGACUGUGUUAUUAUUCUGAAGAAGAUGGCUGGCAACAUGACUGGGCGCGAUCUACUACGUGAGAUCGAGAAGCCGUCGGCUGCUGGCUUGCUCAUUACCAUGACCAACGCGGCGGGCGGUCCGGCGUCGUACGAAUUUGCCUUUACCGGAUGGCACCCGUUGCCCGAUGUGCGCUUUACCGAGUCUCUGGAUGGCACUCUCUUUUGGAUGACGUCGACCCAAGAGAUGAGAGGGGCCCAUCCCGGCGAGCACCAGAUCAGCCAGGCCGUAACAUCCCGCUGCUUCCUACUCCAGGAGACGUACGAGGCCCGCGCCGCCAAGUGGGGAGAGGAAAUCGUCAAGGCUCGUGUUGAGGCGCGCUUCUCCGAGCCAGAACGUGAAGACCCGACCUGGACGCUCCGAUCAGUACGCAUGCCCGACAGCAACAUCGGAAUUCAUGCUGCCAUCUUCCAGGAGGGUGCCGACCAGCUGAUCGCGGGCCGCAAGGAGCCUGCCCCGAUCCGCGUGGUGGUUGAUCAUGAUAAGGGUACUAAGGGGGCACCCGUCGGUCAUUACGGCGUUGAGAUUGUCGUCAAUCUGUCGACGAAUGACAUGAACCGGGUGUCGAUGCUCACAGUGGGCUUGAAUGGGAAGCAGUACCAGGAUGAUGUUGCGUUGGAGGACUUGCUACCUACAAUGUCGCGACGAGUCAUCCAACUUCUCAGCACACAACACAACGUUUCUAACAUGCAGCUGACCGCAGCUCUGGUCUCCUACUACUCAAAGACACUUCACGACCUCUCCUUGUCAGGACGAGCCGAGAAGACUCGCUCUUUCUUGGGCUCAUCCCCCGUCAAGAUCUUCUCGAGCCUCUGGACUGGAGGUUCGACCCAUACCCCUGAAACCCCUCCGGCAGAAUCCAAGCACCGUCGACAAGUGCCGUCAAUACACCGCAACAACAGCCAGCAGUCUGUUAUUGGCUCUAUCCGCGGAAGGGACGGCAUCUCUCAAGAGGAGAUUCGUCCCGAGAACCCGCUGGUGCGGCUGGAGCGCUCAUUCACAGGAUACGUCGCCGCCUUCCAGUCCCGCAAGGGUCUUAUUGUCGGCCGGUCGUUGCUGAAUCGCUCGAUGGCUGAUGAGUUGUCUGUGAACGAGCUGUACAACAAGCUCAUUGAGAGCCCCUAUGACUUUGAGGCGGCCGCGGAGCUGAGCACCGAGGUCAUCUUUGUGGCGUUUGAAAAGUUCCUCCGUAUUGCUUGGGCCGAGCAGAUGGGACCUGUCAUGUCCAUGCAGUCCCUCGACACGCUCCAGGACCGCGUCAACAAACGAGUUCCGGGAGACUUUGCGGAUUUUGUCAACUUUUUGUUCGGCGAUAUGGCGCCGCAGAACCGCAGAGCCUUCACGGCGCUCAUCAAGCUGUUGUCGGAUCUACUCGAAGGUUGUGGGAAUGACGGCGACAGAGGCGUUCUCACCCUCGCCUUUGCGGAGCUACUCGUUUACGAUGGGACGGCGCCGAAUUAUAUUAACCUGCUGGACCGUCUUGUUCAGGACUGUGAUCGGAUUUUUGAGGAACCCAGUUUGAACCAUAGCUUCAACCUCGACCACGCAACAUACGACUCCAUCAACUCAGCGAUCCGUGGCGGCAAGUCAUACACUGGAUCCAUGACGUCAAAUACGUCGUCCCUGCGUCGGAAAUUCGGCUUCGACACCCUUCUGCGACAGAACAGCAAGGAUGACCGUUCAUCGAUGUGGCGAACCCUCAGCAAGCAUCGAAACCCCGCUACUGGCGAUGCAUCAAGCACGUUAAAGGGACACCUUGGCCGAUCCCAUUCCAUCGAUGAUAACACAAUACCAAAGAAGCUCCAGCGCCGUCCUGGCUCCCGCGAUCGUCCGCCCAUAGCAGGGGCGUUUGACGAAGUGAGGCCGGGCAGCUCGCAUCGGAUGCUCGAGACGAUUGGCGAGCCUGACGUGGAGCCGCCACCACGGUCACCGAGAAAGAAGCGGCGCAGCUCCUUGUCGGAUCUGCGAAGCCUGAUGACUGCGGCGUCACUCGACGACGACGACCUCCCUCUCCAGCCACUGCAGGACACCAAGCAGACCAGCGAGAAGAUCAACGCAAGCCCCAAGGCGCUGACGCCGUCUAAGAUACCAAUCAGUCCCGUUUUGGCGCAGAGCAUGCGGAUAUCACGCCAGAAAGAAAAUGUCGCAGAGCCCUUUCCCAAUUUCACCGAGCCAACUGAGCAACCCACUAAGCCGGAGUCGUAUACCAAGGGUCACAGGCAUUCCAGAACGCUCUCCACAACAAACAUCCCUAGUCUGCGGCCAACACGACAAUUCGCAUCUGGUCCAGAAUCACCGACACGCCGUCUGACCUCCACCUCAACGAGAACACCAGGCAGCCCGACACGAGUAACGCCAGGCAGCCCGACACGAGCAACAACUCAGAGGCUGCGUCUACAGUCUCCCCAGAAGCUUCGCGAGCGCCUCCAGACGGAGAAGCAGGCAGUUGACGGAGUCGACGCUUCGCUGCGAUCGGAACUGUCCAAGAUCGGCGAGGAGAUGGCUCGCGUUAACAGCACCCGGCCCCCGGGCUCACAAUCGGUCGACAUGCGACGGCUCGGUGCGGCUGUGCGACAACUCGAGGAUCGGAUCCCAACAGAGGUGCAGGAGCUGCAGGAGAAGCAUGACGCUAUCCAGCAUGACAUGGACACGACGGUCAAGGCGUCCGAAGCCAAAGUGCGGGCCAUCGACCAACUAUACAAGGAAGCAGUAGCGGAGAACGAGCUGCUGUAUGAAAAGUUCAACGGAGAGCUGGGCAAGAUUGUCAAGGCGCUGAAGGGCAAGGGUAAAGAUGACAAGGAGGAAUUGAUGACGAAGUUGCGAGAUCAGGGUGAGGAGACGGCUCGAAUGAAGAAGGAGAAUGCGCGACUGAAGAGGGAGAUGGUCAGUCUGCGCGCGGCUCUCAAAGGGACGACGGAGUAG